AUGUCCUACAUCAAGUCAGGCGUCGAGGAGGGCGCUGAACUUCUCUGUGGAGGGAAGCGUUUGGGAGAUAAGGGGUGCUUCAUCGAGCCAACAGUGUUCGGCAACGUGAAAGAUCAUAUGAGGAUAUCUAGAGAGGAGAUUUUCGGGCCAGUUAUGCAGAUCGCCCCAUUCGACACCAUGGAAGAGGUCGUCAGGAGAGCUAAUGAUACUCCAUUUGGUCUGGCUGCGGGUAUAUGCACUCGCAACAUCGGUAAGGCUACCAGAAUUGCCAAGGAGCUCAAGGCCGGUACAGUAUGGGUCAAUUGUUACCUUAACCUCGAUGCAGCAGCAGCCUUCGGUCGUUAUAAACUGUCAGGAUGGGGACGUGAAAAUGGAGCGGAGGGUCUUGAGAAUUAUCUCGAGACUGAGUCAAUCAUGUGGCCCGUUGACGAAACCAUUAUUUGA